GUCAUCGCGUGUGAGAGUCAAUUCAACCAUCAGUCCAGGGUUACUUUUUUCUGCGCGCCCAAUUCAAAUAUCCACAUACACGAGAAUCUCACUAAAAAAUGCCACCCCUUCCAAAUGUCCCGUUCAAUCAAACUUCUUCAUACAACCAAAUAAAUUUCCCCAAACAAAGAGAGAGGCAUGGGUAUUGCUGAAUUAGUGAUAAUAAUUUGCGUUUAUUAAAGAAAAUCGGUUAAAAAACGUGCUAAAGUGUUGCAAAAAUAAGAAACAGUGCGUUUCAAACUGAUUGCUAAACCGCUGCUUGCUUUCACUGUACGUGUUUCACCACAAUUCCGCGAAACAACGUGAUGAUGAAUCAACAAGUUGUCAACAGGUCCCGCAGGCUACGAUGCUUGCCAAUUUGCUCCUAGUUGGAACGUUGUGUGCGAGUUCCCACAAAAUCGUAAAUGGCUUAGGACCAUCGCGCACCGGUAGUGAAUAAGCGUGGACCAUCUGCUGCCCAUUUGUCGUGUAAAUGAUUCGGUGAGGAUUAUAGCAAAAUUGCCUUACGUGUGUCUCCGCUACAUAUGGGCGCGUGUCUAACAUUGGAGCGCGACGAGAUUGAGGCGCGCCGGCGCAGCGAAGAAAUCGACAAACAAUUGGAAACCCUGGCCAAGGAGCGACCGAGAAUUUUGAAAAUUUUAUUGCUUGGAGCAGGGGAAAGUGGUAAAAGCACCCUUGUAAAGCAAAUGAAAAUAAUUCAUUCAGAUGGAUUUACUGUAGGAGAAUUAAGUGCCUUUCGCCCAACAGUGUUGGAUAAUCUCUUGUCCUCUAUGAAAUAUGUCCUCACAGGAAUGGGCUUGCUACGAAUUAAUUUAGAACAUCUUUCUAAUAAAAUUUACGCGGAAAUUGUUUUGGCUAGCCCGAGUUGCUUUGAUAUGGAAUUUCGCGUUAUCGAUAAAGUGCGGACUGCAUUGAAAGUUCUGUGGAAGGAUCGCGGUGUACGUUUGGCUGUGGCACGAGGAUACGACUAUGAAUUGAACGAUUCGGCUUUGUACCUGUUUGAAAAUAUGGACAGAAUUUGUGAUGAUAAAUAUACACCAUCCCCCACAGAUGUGUUAAGGGCACGUGUGCGAACAAAUGGCAUCAUUGAAACUAACUUUCGAGUGAACGAUGUAAUCAUUAGCAUGUAUGAUGUUGGUGGCCAACGAUCUCAGCGACGAAAGUGGGUUUAUUGUUUCGAGGAUGUAAGAGCUGUUCUUUUCGUCGUGGCCCUUAGUGGUUACGAUAUGACACUUCUGGAGGACAACACCGUGAACCGACUCGAGGAAAGCCUUAACUUAUUUGAACAAAUCGUUAACAAUCGAUGGUUCAAGGAAGCUUCUUUUGUACUAUUUCUCAAUAAGCUGGACUUGUUUCGAGAGAAAAUAAUGUGCACAAAACGUCAUUUGCGACUAUUCUUUCCGGAGUACAAAGGUCCUGAUCGUAAUAUUGACCAAGCUGCCCUGUUCAUACAAAAUGAGUUUCUAAAACGUAACCACAAUGAUCGUCGGGUUAUUUGUCCGCACUUCACAACGGCAACAGAUACCGCCAACGUACAGACAGUCUUCCAAGUUGUUAUGGAAACAGUAAUUAAGGAAAAUCUUGGCAAUGUUACACUUCUGUAAUGAUAGCACGCUGUAUCGGGGAUUGAAAAGUUUUCACAAACUGCCAUGUUAUAUGUUAGCCUCUAUCAAUUUACGAAUUUGAAAAAAUCGGAUAUUUUUCUUUUCCAUUGAUAGAUAGUUGCCGCCGUUGAAAUAUACUUCAAAUUGGUAUCUUGCCAGAGGGUAAAGGUUGCAACCAGUAAAAUUGAAUCCAGACCCAACCGCUGCUUGCUGUAAUGUGUUGCCUUGAACGGCGUACAAAACCUUGUCGCAUGGAAUCGGUGUGCAAUGUAAAAAUUUAGCUCGUUUAUUUAAGAAACUUUGGUCCUUUUCGUAAACUUUGAUGAAAAUUCGUUUUGUUCUUCUAUGCGUAAGGUAAAGAAGGUCCGAAUUUUAGUUGCACAUUCAUAAAGCAAAUUAAUUACAAGCAUUUUAUUUUGGUUGCUAUUUAUGCCUCAAAUUUAGAGAUUUCUUCUAUGAUGGAGCUUAAAUCGUCUAGGCAAACAAAACAUAUCACGUUGAAAACUUUUCCAAGCAAUACAGUGGUGCACAAAUCGUUCAAUUCUACAAUAUAUUUCUUCUAAAUGCUUUUAUCUAAUAAGCUUGUGAUCUUUUAUGCCUUAAUAUUCUAGUAUAGUGAAUUAGAUCUUAAGAAUGAUGAAUUUUCUUCCGAAAAGUCCUUUCAUAGAUGCUUUGCAUCACAUAUGGUUCGUUUUUUAGAAUUAAGAAAACAAACGUUCGAAUUCACAUGCACAAAUAUUACACAAAACAUAUAAUUGCCUUUUAGAUCUCAUUUAUAUAUUUUUUUGUCUGUAAAGCGUGUGAUUAUAUAUUUUGAUAGGAUAUAUUUUUUAUUGUAUUCAUAUUUUGUAGAAUGAAUAAAUUGUAUUGAAAAAUGA